AUGGGUGGUGUUUCAAUUUGGUGUUCAAUUUCCGUUCUUGUCAAUCUUAUUUACGGUAUAGCCGGUCAUGGUAUGAUGUUGGAACCUCCUAAUAGAAGUUCCCUGUGGAGAUUUGACAAAUCUGCAGAACCCAAUUAUUCUGAUAUGGGCAUUAAUUGUGGAGGAUUCGGCAAUCAAUGGAAACUUCAUAAUGGUAAAUGUGGAGUUUGCGGAGAUGCAGUACAAUCCCCCCAUCCUCAAGAAAAUGAAAAUGGUGGUAAAUAUGGCAAGGGGAAAAUAGCAAAAACAUACAAACCUGGAAGUACCAUCGAUGUGCAUAUUAAAAUAACUUACAACCAUAUUGGACACUUCACAUAUAGCUUGUGUAAGUUAGACAAUCCCAAUAAACCCGAAGCUGGAGAACAUUGCUUUAAACCUUUAAAACUUGCCGAUGGUUCUGCUAGUUACAAGGUUAAACCUGAGGAUAAGGAAGUCUACAACAAGGUUGUUUUGCCUAAUAUGACGUGUAAAAGAUGCGUUCUCAGAUGGAAUUGGACAGUCGGUAAUAACUGGGGUACUUGCAAAGAUGGAAAAGGUGGUAAAGGAUGUGGACCUCAAGAAGUGUUCAGGAACUGUGCCGAUAUCGCUAUUGUUUAAGGAAUUAACCAUAUUACAAAUUAAUUUAUUAAAUAUUAUGUAUGGUG